AUGGCAUCAAACUCGAUCAAGCUCUUGACGGGCAACAGCCACCCCGAGUUGGCGAACCUCGUGGCCGACCGACUUGGCAUCGAGCUGACCAGAACUAUGGUCCUCCAUUAUUCCAACCAAGAGACGAGUGUGACGAUUGGUGAAAGUGUGCGCGAUGAGGAUGUCUUCAUUCUGCAGUCCACUAAGCCCAACGACAUCAACGACGGUCUGAUGGAACUGCUUAUCAUGAUCAACGCUUGCAAGACUGCGUCGGCCCGUCGCAUCACCGCUGUCAUCCCCAACUUCCCCUACGCCCGUCAGGAUAAGAAGGACAAGAGCCGUGCGCCUAUCACGGCGAAGCUCAUGGCCAACAUGCUCCAGACCGCUGGAUGCAACCACGUCAUUACCAUGGAUCUCCACGCCAGUCAGAUCCAGGGCUUCUUCAACGUGCCCGUCGACAACUUGUACGCGGAGCCGAGCAUGCUGAAGUGGAUUCGGGAACAUCUCGAUGUCAACAACUGUGUUAUUGUCAGUCCCGAUGCCGGCGGUGCCAAGCGUGCCACUGGUCUCGCCGAUCGCCUCGAUCUGCAGUUCGCCCUGAUUCACAAGGAGCGUCCCCGUCCCAACGAAGUCUCCCGCAUGGUCCUCGUCGGUAACGUCAAGGACAAGAUCGCCAUUAUUGUCGACGACAUGGCCGAUACCUGCGGUACUCUCGUCAAGGCCGCCGACACUGUCAUGCAGCACGGCGCCAAGGAAGUCAACGCCAUCGUUGUGCACGGUAUCCUCUCCGGCAAGGCCAUCGAGAACGUCAACAAGAGCUGUCUCAAGCGCCUGGUGGUCACCAACACCGUGCCCCACCAGGAGAAGAAGGAGCAGUGCGACAAGAUCGAGACCAUCGACAUCAGCCCCACGCUGGCUGAAGCCUGCAGACGUACGCACAACGGCGAGUCCGUCAGCUUCCUGUUCUCGCACGCCGUUGCAUAA